UUUCCUGGGGGCUGGGAGCAGCUGAGGCGGCCCCGCGUCAUCUCAUCCUCGUCCGCCUCUCGCCCGGGGGCCCCCGAGGGAGCCUUAGCGGUGCAAGAGGCUCUGGUGCCGGUGGGGGUGAGGGGUUUUGGGUGAAGCGGUGUCCCUUCCCGCCUGCGGGAGGGUGUAAGGAGCCCUCUCCCCCUUGCCGCCGAGUGAAAAUAAGGAGGUGAAUUUCCCUGAAAAAUCCUUGUUAAAUACACAUUUGUGGACUGAAGAUACUCGAACUGACUGAAGCAGAAUCAAGUGUGUUCCUACUAGCCCUCAUAACGUUUUUACUCCGUUCUUCAUCCUGUGGAUUACCUCAAAACUGAAACAGUUUGACUACUUGAAUAUCCUUUCAGGGAGAGACUGUCACAAGGGUGUCCAUAACAGGUCAAUUAGGAAGAAAAUCUUAUUAUGGCACCAUCAGGAAGGAAGCAUGGAGGAAAGGCUGGUAAAACAGCACAGGAAGAUCAAGCCAUUCCUGCCUAUGACUUUCAGGAGGAAAGAAAAGAGCUGAGUGGAUCAGAGGAAGAUAUUAGAGAAGGCGAAAUACCAGUACUGGACAAGCAUGCGAAGAAAAGACCUUUGGCGACAACUCAUGUGGUUCCAGAUGAUGUGGGGGGUGAAGUACAGAAUAUGCUGGAAAGAUUUGGAGCUGACAUUAACAAGGCCCUCUUAGCUAAGAGGAAAAGAUUAGAAAUGUAUACAAAAGCUUCACUCAAAACCAGUAACCAGAAGAUUGAACAUGUUUGGAAAACACAGCAAGAGCAAAGGCAGAAGCUUAAUCACGAGUUCUCCCAGCAGUUCCUGACGUUAUUUCAGCAAUGGGAUGUAGAUGUGCAGAAAGCAGAGGAGCAGGAAGAAAAACUAGCGAAUAUGUUUCGUCAGCAACAAAAAGUUUUUCAACAGGCAAGAAUAGUUCAAAGUCAGAGACUGAAAACCAUUAAGCAACUCUAUGAGCAAUUCUUAAAGAGCAUGGAGGAGCUGGAGAAGAGCAACGAGAAUCUUCUAGCUGGUGCACAAAAUGAACUUCGCAAAGAAAUGGCUAUGUUGCAAAAGAAGAUUAUGAUGGACACUAUUUGCCUCUGGAGCAGACUAUCCUCAAACCUACACAUAAAGCGUCAAGGGAAGCCUGGGAUGCUCAGAAGUGUCCAUGAAUGAGCUGAGGUACAUGCACUGGUGACUGGUGGCUACCAGGACCCAGGGGUCCUCUGAAUGACCAAGGCAGCCAAGGUGUUUGACAGAAGAGAUGAACUGCUUCAAGUUCCAUCUUAAGGCUCAUUCCUACCAGCAUUCUGUCUCUCAA